GCCCUGCGUGUCUCCUUAUGCCUCUCUCAGCUUCAGCACGCGAAAUCUCCAAGUGACCACCCCCCGGGGCAAGCCAAACCGGGGUCCAUUAUUUCUCGCUCUUCCCCCUCCCUCACAGAGAUCGCUCAGCAGCCACUGACCGUUCCGCCCACCACACACGAGGUCAUCGAGGGCACGGCUAGGCUGGUUUGCUCUGCUCCUAUCACCUAUCACGGCCACCACACGAGGGUCGUCCAUGGGUGUCGUGUGCUCAUUGUAGUUGAUACACGUGCCCACGUCCGUCCAUCUCGACGUUUCCGAAUUGCAUGUUGCAAAACACUCGUCCUUAUUUCUCCCAAGCAGCUUCUGGUAUUCCCUGUCCUCCAAAGUCGCUUCCCCCGACGGUGUGGUUCUUAUGUACUACUGCCCUCGUCGUUGCCCUUCUUUACCCCCCCUCGUUCCUCCUUCGCUCGCUCAUCAUGGACUGUGUCCUGUCGUCGUGCUUCUCUUCUGGCAGCAUCAUGCCCGUUUCGGUUCCGCUGUGAAACGUUUGAACCUUCUCCCAGAACCCGGAUAUACGACCCGUCGCGUGCUCCCGUCUGAGAAGCCUGAAUCACUUCCUCUACGUUCCAUAUCGGGCCUGAGUACUGUCGUUGGCUUGAUUUGAUCUGACGGACUAUUCCAUUCAUUCCGGAUCAAGGCCCUACGAACGCCCUCCUCCUCUCUCAACUAUGCCACGGCCGAAACCGCCGCCCACUCCAACCGGCUCAUCUGACCUGAAAGCCCUGGAAAACUUGAAGGCGUUUCAGGCAUCAGAUAUGGAAUCGAUCUUCACCCUGCCGCCGCCCGCAAUUCGGUCAAGCGAGGUACAAUCCCAGAACCACCUGAGCGGAAGAUCGUCGCAUGCACGAGACGCCACAAACACCACAGCGCUCACGCAGAGUACUCCUCCCAUCUCCCCCCAAGACAAACCGCUCACUGCGAGUCCGCGACACAAAAGAACUUCUUCGGGAGUGGUCAAACCAACCGUCGAAUCUGUGGCUGCCGAUCGAGUCGCUACCAAUUCCUACGCUCUUCCCCCUCCUCCAAGUCGAGCCCGCAAGAUCAUCCAGAUGAAGCCCAAAUCUCAGGCGACAAAUAACUCAUCUCCGGCCAGUGAUGCCAGCUACGUACCUCCUACCUCGGCCGCAACCUCUACGACAUCUGCUCCCUCUAACAAAGCAUCCGCGGCGUCAUCUGGGGGUGCAGCGACCAACGCCACCGCCACAAAUUCGAAGCGGAAACAACCCUCUGCCACAAGCGCCGCGGGCAGGAAAAUUGCCCGCAAGACUGCCCAUAGCAUCAUAGAACGUCGCAGGCGCAGUAAAAUGAACGAAGAGUUUGGGGUCUUAAAGGACAUGAUACCCGCAUGUGAAGGAGUGGAGAUGCACAAACUGGCCAUCCUGCAAGCGGGCAUUGAAUACGUACGGUACUUGGAGGGUUGCGUGGCGCAGUUGAAGGGGGAAAAUGCGAAGUUGGGAGGCAAAGUGAGGUCCUCCACCAGUUCGAGGAUGCAGUUAGACGAUCCCGCGGGCGACGAUGAGGAUUUGGACGAUGAAGAAGAUGAGCAAGACGAGGACGAAGAUCAAGAUGAGACCGUCGACGACGUGCCUGCUCCCACGGCUCCACCAGCAAGAGGGCGGAGUCAUCGAACCAGCGCCGUGGCCGGGAGCGAAUGGACACUGCGAGACUCACGAAAGUCCUCGGUCGCGUCGUUGAGCGGAUCUUCAGCGUAUCCGUCUCCUCACAUUCAGAGCCAAUCGCAAGGAGCAAUAGACGAUACUGGUGGCUUGAGGAAAAGGCCUCUCUUGCCCGCGGGCGUCCAGUCCUUCACAACCUCCCCUUCAAUCUCAGUGCAUUCGGGAGGAAUGGUCUCCUCCGCGACACCGACGCCAACACUCCUGUCACCGGCAUUCAACUCGAUUCAUUUCUCGCCCGAUCUAGCACGCACGAAAACCAACAGCAGCGUCGGGAAGUCUGGGAGUGGUGUGCUGAAUACGCCUGCUUCCUCAUGGACAACCGUCAAUCCCUCAGGCAGUUCUUCCGGGUCGAUGUCGAACCCGAGCCCGAACAUGCAACCAUUACCUUCCCCAAAAGCGGCCAUAAACCUCCCACUACCUCACCCCGCAGUGGCAGCCUUGCAACUGCCACCUCAUUACAGUGCCGCGACCCAACGGGAACGCGACGGAGGCAGUAAGUCUCCCGGUGCCAUGAGCGAUGCUUCGGGAACCGCUGAGGCCACGGCCAGUGCGGCUUUGAUGAUGUUGACCAACGACUGGAGAGGUGGCGGACGGCCGGACGCCCAAGCAAGCGUGAACGCCCCUGGGGUCGCGGGGGUGAGAGGCGACAGUAAAGAUCGAGCCAAGGGGAUGAGCGUGCGAGAUUUGCUGAGCUCAUGAGAUAUGCUAGGGGGACAUGGCUAUUCGUCCCCUCUACAACCAAUCUGGAAUUGUAUGUAUUCGAUGAUGUUGGCGGGUUAGUUGUGUUUUGAUCCCUUGGAGAAUAUAGAAAAAAGCUUACGUUUCCGCAUACUAUGGGAACAGCAGGAUUAAGUUGGACAGGAUCUACAUCUAUACCUAAACGGAGUACAUACGUGUAUGUGCCUACAUCAGUGUCUAUGAAUGGUUACCUUCCUUGGGUCAUUCGACGAACCGAGGGGACAAGAAUGUGGGAGUACGAGAUAGGGUAGGGUAUGGUAGAGUGAAAAGAGGCAGCAGUUUCCUGGGGGUGCAAUGAUUACCCUGAAUACCUACCUAGGUACCUAGGACAUGUUGUACAUGUGUUCAGCUGUGAUACAUUCACGUUAGAAGGUCUCAGGAUCAGAUGGAUAGAUCAGACACGCAAC